UGUGUGUGUCUGUGUGUGGAUUCUGUAUUUGUUUCAUCAUCUGAGACUGUGGGUGACAGAUCCAUUGACAGGCUUAAUACAUGAAGGAUUAGGGGAGAAAAUACAACAUGACGAGUUGUGUUUAAUUGUUUAAUUGUUAGUCAUUGUUCAUGUAAGCAGAAAUCGAAUUCCUGGCCUGCACUGGUUUUAUUUGCGACAAAAUCAGAUUCACAAGGAAAGCGGAAGCUUUCGCUCCAUGAUUUGGGUCAAAAAUGAGAGCUGUUGUGGCCCGGCUCCUGAGUCCUGGCUGCAGUCCUGGCGCCCAUCAAAAAGGGCCUUCACACACAGCCUUCUCUUAGAAUGCAGAGGGUGGUGGGGAUGAAGGGAGGUGGGGCUUGAACAUACAUAAGAGGCGAAGACAGUCCGCCAGUCCAAUUUGGCACGGCAUCACCAGACAAUUUGCCAUUGCUGAACCUUUUCAAUUGGAUCUUUUCAGUCGUUCAGGACCUCUUUUUACCCUCUUUCGGGGCUUGUAAGAAAAUUAAAAAUACCCCUUGGCUUGGUCAUUUCUGGAUGAGAAACGGCAUGUCAGUGAUGAGUGCAAGCAGGCUGCUGAGAACUGAGGCUUUGUCUUGGCUGACGGCUGUAGGAAAUUUGUCCGGGGGCGAGUCCCAUGCCUUGGUCCUACAGCCUAUCUGGGACUACCUCCACCAGAACCACCACGACCUGCUCAGGAGCCCGCUCUUCCCCGUGGUCCUCUCGGUCACCACCUACUUCGUCCUGGUUGGUAUUUACACUGCGUUGGACCUGCUGGCUCCCACCUGGCCCUCCAUCAACCGCUACCGGCUGCAUCCGGACAAACCCGUCACCUGGCCUAACAUCUGGAUCACCCUGGGCGUCACCGUCUAUAACCACCUGUUCUUCAUCUUCCCCGCGGCGGUUGCGCAGUGGCUGUGGAGGCCGCCGACCCCGUUGCCUCCGGAGGCCCCCUCUCUCUGGAGCUUCCUUCUCGGCAUCCUGGGCUGCAUGGUCGUCUUCGAUUUCCAGUACUACCUGUGGCACCUCCUGCACCACCGGGUUCCCUGGCUUUACCGCACCUUCCACGCCAUCCACCACCAGUACAACCAGCCCUUCAGCCUGGUCACCCAGUACCUCUCUGGCUGGGAGCUGUUCAGCGUGGGAUUCUGGGCGACAGUGGACCCCAUCCUGCUAAGGUGCCACUGCCUCACAACUUGGGGCUUCAUGGUCUUUAACGUUUACGUCUCCACCGAGGACCACUGUGGCUACGACUUCCCCUGGGCCAUGCACAACCUGGUGCCCUUUGGCCUUUGGGGCGGGGCCCCCAAGCAUGACGCUCAUCACCAGCGACCGGGGACCAACUUUGCCCCGUUCUUCUCCCAUUGGGACUGGCUCGGGGGAACCAACACGGUGCCAACCGCCUCCGGCCAAUCUGCCUCAGAAGAGCUAGAAGACAUGAAAGAGGAAAAAGGACUAAAGCACUCUGAUUGACUCAAACUCUUUUGUACCUUCUCACAUUUCAACACUCUUGUUUUUUUCUAUCUCCACUCUUGCAGCUUCGUCCAGUUUUUGUUGUCUUUCUUUGAUCUUCCAUAUUUUUUUACUAACUGAAUUUGUUGGAAAUCUCUCUGUUACACCUAAAUUGUCUGCUAAAAAUGUACAGAGAUUGUUUCUUUCUGCAUUAAUGGAAAGUGAUGGUAUAUAUUAUCCCUGAUUGUCUUAUUCAUCAGUAAUAAGUGGAACCUUGAUCAACAUGUUAGAUGUGCAUUAAUAAUUUUGAUGAUGGAUUUGACAAAAUGUAAUGUAUGUUUCCUGUUUCACAGUUGGUGACUAUGAUGUUUUUAUGACGGAAAGCACUUUGAACUGCCUUGUUUCUGAAAUGUGCUAAUACAAAUAAACUUGACUCAUUUUCAAGACUUCUUGUUCAUCCGAAUGUCUUGAUGCAUUGCCGCUUCUCUUCGUUUCCUCAGGUUGUU